AUGCCUCAACCACAUGUCCACUCCUUUUACCGGAUAUGGUUCACCAUCGUUGAUCCGACAGUUCUCUUCUUUACGGUGCUGACAUGCAUCUUCUCCCCCGCUACUCUUCUCGAGACCGUAGUCCCUCGAUCUAUCGAUCCUUACAAUCCGUUGUCCCACGGGCCGCUUUUGCACCAAACCGCUGCACUAUACGGCUUCAGCGGCAUCAUUUAUGGGGUGCUGUUACGCGUUUCGCCGGAUCCCAAAGUGUGGAGGGUCGUUCAGGCAGCGACAUUGGGCGUAGACAUCGCGCUCCUUGUUACGCUGUACGAGUUGCUCAGAUUGCAAGGCAGAACAGAUGUCAGUACGUGGCAUGGUGGUGAAUGGUUCAAUUUACUAUUCACUGUGUGGGUGGCCCUCAUUAGGGCUGGAUUUCUAUUGGGCGUUGGCGGAGAUAGGAAAGAAAAGAAGAAGUAG